CCCCAGCCCCCCUGGAAAUGUCCUUGGCCUCGAAAGAGCAAGGGAGAGGCCCACGGGGGUGCCAGCCGUCAGCCCCUAAAACACCCUGCCCCACACAGACUGCCAGCAGGCGCUUGCCUUCCACCCCGUCCACAACAGGAACCUAGAUAUUGUAAUCAAGGUGUAAUUAAUACCCUCCCCGCCACCCGCUGUGGGUUCAUAUCCCUGCCUAGGAGCUGUUUGCAUGUGCACAGGCCACAGACCCUGGCAUGGGCACCCCCACGUCCCCCCGCUGACAGCGGGGUGCUAGGAGGUAACAUCACUGUCACCAUCGCCACGCCAGGAACAGCCCAGGACCCCAACCCCAGGACUGUCUGCGCCCGGGUAAGGAAACACCGGCGCUGCUGUCGCUGGCUCGGAUAACAAUGGGAUCUGUUAGAUGUAAACUCAGGAGCAGCGGAUGGACAUCCUGGAGACACGGCUGUGCCUUGAAGCUGAGAAAAACCAGAGGAUGCUUCGUGUGCAGGACUACAGGGCCGGGAGUCCACAGCAGGAAAGCUGGGGGAAAUGCAGGUUGCUGACCUCGUUGCAGAGAAACUAAACCCUUGUUGGGAGAAACUAAACCCUGUAGCAUUUCCAAGCUCCUUGUGGGAUUUACAGCCAGAAGCUGCCAUGCAAAUCCAAGGUCACUGGUAAAACUGGCAACGGUUACAAAGAUCCCAAAUAAUCCCAGGGUUUUUUUCCCUUUUCCAGACAGGACACAAUGGAGCCUUUUUAUCUUUAUGACCUUGGGUUCCUAACAGAAAACCAAGCUAUUAGAAGGAUCCUCUGCCCGAUGGCUGUGCAGCUCUGCCAUCUAAUCCUCGCCCUGGAAUGGGAAAAUGGGAUUUGUCAGACCUUUCCCAAUUUAGGGGAGAAUGCAGAAAAAUUAGCCAAAGCCACUGAAGAACUUGCUUCUGUUGCAAGAAGGUUGGCUGAGGAAUCCAGCGAUGAGGAGUUCAAGGAGGAGAUGCAUCCUGCGGCCGAGUCCCUCGUGCUGGCAGGGAGGUGUGUGCUGCUGGCAGCCUGCAAACUUCAGGUACAGCCGGAGAACCCUGGCUGCAGGGAAGAGCUGGCUGCAUCAGCAAAGAGGGUCUUAACAGACACAGUGAAGAUCCUUCAGAUCGAAGAUACUGCUGGGGUGAGGAGGAUCAUUCAGGCUGCCAGCUGGCUUUUGGACUGCCUGAGCGUGCUGCGGGAUGCAGGGGACAUGCCAGGACUGCUGGCUGCUUUCCGGGCCUUUUCCAAGGCCUUGCUUCUGCUGAGCAAUCUGACAGCAAAGCGCCUCGAGGAACUUGGAGAUUGUCCUCGACAGAAGAGCUUGGCCCAAACUUUGCAGCUCCUUCAGAAGUGCAUUCCUUCGCUCCAUGCAGCCAAGCACAGCAAUCUUAAACACUCCAGGGAUAAGCAAUACAACCUCUCCAAAGACUAUGCUUUCCAGCUGACGGAGAGGACGAUCAAAGAGCUCAUUUCCCUGCUCAUUAACAAUACGGGCAGCAAGGAGCCAUGGGAGAGAAGCGGGACCUUCUCCCAGCACAUGAGCAGGCUGCUGGCUCUCCUCUCCUGCCCAGACCCAGUACACCUCUCUAAGAGUGAGUUCAGUGCUCACGUGGAAGCGGUCAUUUUUUACUGCAUGCUUCUAGCAGACUCGUCUAGGCCAGAUCUGAAGCUGGACCUGGUAAAACAUUGCUGGGUUUUGCUACGGCUGAGGAAGAGCAUCUGCAGCCACGUAAGCCAGCAGGAGGGAUGGCCAGGGCAAAGCUGGGGAGAAGGCAGCCUGGAGGAGGAGUGUCACCACAUGAGAAAGGAGGUGGAGACUCUCGACCAGGCAGUGCUCACAGCUACUCUGUGCCAAAUCCUUGACACCUUCUUUGAGGGCAAUUUACCCCUGAGGAAGUUAGUUGAAGAUGCCCUUAGCCUUGCUGGUACAGGGUGUUUUCCAGCAGGACAAGGAGUAUUUUUAAAGAAGCUUCAGCCCCUCACUGCCACCUUCUUCACACACACCCAGCAGAUGCUCAGAGCAACAGACUUUGUUCUGGCCAGGUGCACCAAAAUCCAAACCACUAGAGAAAUGAGAGAGCGGGUGGAGUAUUUGAAGAGACUCCUUGCCAGUCUCCCGCCACUGCUCACAGAAAUGAGUGGAAAUACAGCUCAGAUGAGUGCUGCUGAGAAGCUGCAGUCCUUGUACCAUGCAUGGGCUGGGACAACAGAAAGCCUCUUGUGGUGUUUUGAGAAGACGGUCAGCAUGUGUGAUUUCCUUAAGGUGUCCAUCCAGGAAAUGGCCAAGCACAGGGAAUGGUGUGAAAAGGCCCUGGAAAGUCAGGACCCUGGGAAGUUCUCUUGGCAUGCAGUUCACCUCACCAGUUGGGCUCAGUGGGUGGUUGAAGCUACCACCAGGUAUGUGGACAGAGCCACAGACCCCAUUUUCAGGAACGGCUUGCUGGUUUGGGUUGAGCAACUGGCCAACUCUAUCCCUGAGUUGAAAGCAGUCACAGCCCUUUGCCCAGAGAGACUCUCCUGCCUCCUAACUAGGGACAUCUUUUCAAAGGCAGUGAGCUGCCUGAUGAAUAUUGCUCAGCAUGUCCAAAACGGGCUGGAUGGGUCCAACCACCCAGAUAUCCUCAGCCCUCUGCGGGAACAAGUGCGAAGCACUGCUGGUGCAAAGCGGCUUGAACUCAGCCCAUCACAUGCUGGGCUAAAAACCCUUACAGAGGAGGCUGCAUCACAAGAAGACAUCUUAAGAUGUCCAACUCCACGAGCAGGUAACUCUCACCCAGAUGUUGUUCCAAGGAAAGGAGAUACACACCCUGUCAUUACAGCUCUUCUAGCAGCAACAAGAGCUUACGAUAUGGACGCUGUCAACACUGCUUGCUCUGCCUUGCUUGAACUCUCCAAUGGCUGUAUCGACGCUGCAAAGGAAGCACUGCCCAUCGCUGAGUCUCCCCAGAAGGAGACACUGGGGCAGUACCAGGGGAUUGUAUUACUGACAUCAUGUGUUAUUAGCCUGGCCAGGGAAACAGCCCCAAGGCAGCUUUGUUGUCCAAGCAGACUUCUCCAAAUGGCAUUCACACUCUCAGACAGGAUCUGUGAGACCAAAGACUGCCUGGCAGCCGUGGCAGGCUCUUGGUAUAGUCUCUCUCAGCAAGUAUUUGGCUUUAUCUUGUCGGCUGACUUUCUGAGAGGCAAACAGGCUUUGGAUGAGACCAUGAUGAGUUUAGCAGGAGCAGUUCAGUUAGCAGGAGACAUUGCAAGCAUUGCCUGUAGUGAGGGAAAUCUCAUUUCCCUCGAUAUCUGGGAGAGCUUUCUACAGGUCCAAGCCAAGUUUUCACGUGCUCAGAUGAACACCAAAGUGUUACUUGAGAAAGCAGUGUCCUUCAACGGCUCCUGCAGGGUGGGAAAGGCCAGCCUGGAGCUGCACUGUGUCCAGUGGGCCAUCAGCAUGCACGUUCUGCUGGGCGCUGUGGAUCAGUUCAUAGGCAGGGACGUCUUCUUCCUGAGGGAGCUGAGGAGUGCUGUGAAGAACAAGCUUUGCUCACAGAGCCUCUUGACUGCUGUGUCUGAGAACUCUCUGAGGCUGCAGGAAGCUGCCUGGCUCUCUUACCUGUCCUGCCCCGAAGACUGUGGUCGCAGUGAAAUCCUAGCACUCAGGGAGGAGAUAAAGGUGCUAAUGGAAGCGCUGCUGGAUGCUUGCAAUACCCUCUCAGUGUCUCCACUGCCUACUGACAGCUUGUACAUUCGCUUUGAGCUCCUGCAGAGAGACUUGGCCCUCAGAGCCAAGGCAUUAUUGCUCCACCUGGAGAAGGUCAAUACUGAACACCUGCAGGUCAUCCGAGAUGUCGCCGGACCAGCCCUGUCCCCCUUCUCUCAAGAGGACAGGGAGAGGAGCAAACAGGCCUUUGAAGAGAAGGCAAGUCAGCUAAUGGCUAACGUUCAGUGGGUCAAAACCACCCUCCAAGACACGCUGGAGGCCAGCACUCAACUGCAAUCGCAGGCAAACCUGCUCUCUGUUGCAGAGCACCUCCUGGUCCUCACGUCUGACGCAGUGGGCAGUGCCAGCCAGCUCUUCGAGAGCCGUGGGGACGAAGGGCUUCUGCACCUAGACAGCAUUGUCUGGUGCUGGUCAGCAAUGGCACACUACCUCAUCACACAGCUUCGGGCUGCCCCGGGAGUCAGCGGACACAUUCUGCAGCUCAUAACGCAACGCUUGCGGAAUGCAGGGGACCAGCACUUGCCCAGCACAGCCAAGCUCUUCACAGCCCCAGAGCCUGAUGCUCUGAGCCACAGCAAGUCAGCAGAAACUUGCCCGAGCAGGAGCAGACGAGGUUGUGGAGCUGCCAGGAAGGCACGUGAAAUGUUCUUGUCUCAACAGCACCAGAACAGUCCUCCCAGCAUCUCCCUUACCAGCAGCCCUGCAAUGCAUGAGAGACAAGACAGUGACACAUGGCAGGGUGGCCCCAGCAAGAUGUCCCAGGUCACCAAGGACAUGGCAACGAUGAUGCUUCACAUGACCCAGUUCCUGGGGAAGAAGGGCCCCAUCAUGAGCAAGGACCAGCUUGUCACCUGUGCAAGGCAAAUUGCUUCUGAUGGGCAGGUGUUUGUUAAAUUUGGCCACAUCAUUGCAAAGCAUUGCCUUGACAAGAGAUGCUCUGCAGAGCUGCUGUGUGCCACAGAGCAGACCCGCACCAUCAGCAGCCAGCUCAGCAUCAUCACCAGGGUAAAAGCAGUCACUGCAGAGAGCAAGUCCUCUUCUGAGCUGCUCGUGAGCAACAUACAGAACCUAAUUCAAGCAGUUUUGCAUGUUCUGAAGGCAGCCGAAGCAGCGUGUAUCAAAGGUUUGCAACAGCCCCCGCCUGACUCAGAAGAAGAAGAAGUAGCUGCCUUCUGCAUGCAGUGGAGAAAAAACCUGUUGUGGCAUAGAGCCAAGGCAUCUUUAAACUCAGACAGGGAUGAAUUAGGCCUUCGCAAGACUCAGACAAGGGCUGAACCCACCCUGAUGGCUACUGUGCAGGAACAGUCACCUCAGACCAAGAAUUACCCCCAAGCAUCCAAAACCUAUUAAAGGACAUACAAUUAUGGACAGUGACCUGUAAAAAUAGGAAAGGGCUUCUGCUGGAAGGGAAUCAGAUUGCUAACUGGUCUCACCAGAAAAAGUAUGGCCUGUGCUGCAGUCCUCCUGGCUCACAUCUCUUCUCCUAGAGCUGCUCUUGCAGAAGGACUGAGAGUGCAAGGCCUGAAAAGGCUUUUGUGUGCUGGCUGCUCCUGCUGUGGCAAAUUCCACCCUGCAGAGACACUCUUUUCUAUUCUUCUUUUUUCAGUUGGCAAAAAAGUGAUGGCACAAGCUAGUGUAUUUCUUAAGAGGCCUCUCUUCCAGGUGGUGUUUGAAGUCGAGUAUGAAGAUGUGACACCAAGUCACAGACGACAUAGGAGUUGGGGAAAAAGCUUUAAGAUCCUGUGAAAGGGAAAACAGAAGGUGUCCUGUUCAGUAAAAUAUAAUUCACUGAUCUUUGUUACCUGGCACAUGAGUCAUUCUGAAGCCAUUGCUCUUGAAUCAGAGGCCACCAAGUGGAGCUGCAAUUCUUUAUAUUCACAUACUGCAUGCCCUUGUCCAGCUGUGAGCCAGCUCUGGUUCUUAGGUGGUCAGUCAGGCUUUUUUUUCCUCUGGCAAACAUUGAUAUUGGGAAGACACAAUGUGAUGAGGUACCUUCAUUACAAAACUUUCAGUAACUGCCUGUUCUGUGUUCUUCAGCACCUCAGAUGUGAACAGGAGGAUGUAGGGAAGCAUUUGUAGCAGCACCAGCAAAUCUGGCUGGAGGGAAGGAGCAGGGGUUUCUGUGACUGAAUUGCUCUUCUGCACAGAAAAGCCUCAGAGCUGGUUGGCCUUUCUCAGGCCCUGAUCUUUAGCGCACUAUCAAACUUUUUAGCAACCAUCACCUUUUCUUCUAGAGGUAGCAUUCCUAAACGCUGCACAGGAAGGGCAGCCAGAUACCUAAUCCUGCAGAAGAGCCAGUGCACAAGGUGGAGCUCAUAUGCAAAAUACCAAUUCAGAGGGCAACAUGAAAAAGGCUCUACAAAAGCUGGAGGAAAGAACUGAAGAAGGAAGACUGACUUAUGAAAUACAAAACAGGAUGUAAUUAAGUAUUCUCUACUUUGCAAUAAUAAAUUUAUUUUGCAAUAUUCAUGCAAAGAUUCAUGUUAGAGUCUUUUCAUCAUGGUAGAAAACUAUUAAAACAGGCUACCCAGGGAGGCUAGAAAUCUCCCUUUUUAUCACAGGGCAGCAAACACCAGGUGGUGAUCUAGCAACGCUCGGUCCUUCUGAAGCACAGAGACCAGAAAAGAUCAGACAUGAACAUUUUACCCUUGCACAUCUCCAGGGCUAGCAGGAGUGGGAAGCAUUUUCUCACCUGCUGCCCUGACUCACCAGAUCCUGCAAAGCAAUGAGACUUUUCUCCCAAAAUCCCUCUCAGCCCCAGGACUCGCUUUUACCCAGAGUAGAACAUUCAAUGCUGAUGAUCAACCACCUCAUAGCUGGAGGCUUCCAGAGUAUCCAAGACCAAUGCCACUGGCUGCCUCUGUUACUGCUCUCCACACCCCUGCUUUGCAGGCUCAGGGGCAUGAGCUGCAAGUGUCCAAGGGAAGUCCUGCUCCAUGGCACCAUGCUGCACUUGUAGAAGAGUUGGGAACAAGCCUUCCCUGCGAAAGACAAUCAAUCCACAC